AAGUUCCAAAAUAAAGUCCACCAGAGCUACUACGCAAUAUUUCGUCUUGUUCUUUGCAACUUUAUUUCGUUGUGGAUUCAAUCUACUCUUAAUUCAACCAACUUUUCCAUCGUCAGCCGAUCGCCAGAAAACUUUCCUUCGAUUUCCCAACUAUUGAAAUAGGAUUGAACGAAAACUUCCAAUAAACAAAAUAAUUAAAGUUUUUUUUUUUUUUAUUGUGGGGAGGGAGGGGUCUUACUCGUGCGACAUUUCAUCGAAUAGUAACCAGUAUAAAAGCGGUGGCCGUAAAGCGAAAUACUUAGUGAACAAUGUUGGUCAGUUCACGCGUUUCUAUUAGCUUGUUAGAGAAAGAAAGGCAGCAAUUGCACGGACUGCAGUUGAGAGCUUCUGCCUUUAACUUUCCACCGUGUCUCUCUAUUGUAAAGAAGCCGUCAGGAAAUGUGACGUAUUUUGGUAUCUGCCACGAUAUCGUUAGUUGGAUCGCAGAACAUUUUCAUAUGCAGUUGAUUUUCGUCCCGACUGAUGAUACAGAUAUAGUCCGACAUGGAAUAAUUCCUGCGCUCAUCAGCCAAAUUGUGAAAGGGGAAGUGGAUAUAAUACCAUACGCAUUUGCUCCUACAACGUCGCAUUUACUCCAACUCGAUUUUACCAUCACGCUUCGAGUAGAGGAUUACAAUUUGUUACAGCAAUGGCCAAAAGAAGAGAGUCGGCUUACGGCUUAUAUUAGACCCUUUUCAUUGAUGGUUUGGAUUUUGUUCCUUAUUUCAACCGGAGCGAUGAUCCUUUGUAUGUCUAUAUUGACUUAUUAUCACCAACAAUGGAGUGAAAAUUGGAAGUGGAAAAGUUUCACAGAUAACAUUGAUCUUCAUGCAAAUUACGUCAUUACUGUUAUCACGGGCCAAGGCAAUCACAUUUCUUCAAAAACAAGAUUUUCCCUACGCCUUGUGGUAGGUUUGUGGUGUCUGACUAUGGUAGCCCUGGUAAACGCUUACACGAGCACUUUGAUGUCAUAUUUGACGGUGCCCAAACUUAAACCGAUUGUGAACACAUUAGCCGAUUUAGCGGCUAGUCUUGAUACCCAAGUGACAGUGGAUUUCGAAUCGGACCCGUCAAGGAUAUUUUUGGAUGCUUCAGUGGGUCCAAAUGUAAUUAUUGGCGACUUCCUUCGUAAUAAUCCGCAGUUUCUUGUCAAAGGAAGUCUAGAGGGAUUGAAGAAUGUUUUACACGAAGGAGCUACAUAUUUCGCGAAUCGCGCUGUUGUAUAUUACUUCAUGGCGAUGGAUAUGAAAAGCCACGGCAAAUGUCGUUUGACGUCAUCAGAUCCCAUUCCCUACAUCCGAACUUACUCAUUUGGGUUACCCAAAAAUAGCCGACACAAUGCCAUCAUCAAUCACGAUUUGGAGUAUUUGCUGGAAAGUGGCCUACUUCCUUUCUGGUUAAAGCGGUACACACCCAAUAUCGAUAAAUGUUUGGUAGGUAAGACAAAACCACAGAGACGGAUGAUGCCUUUCACACUGCUGGAUCUAUCCAGCGCUUUUCUAUUUCUGGGCAUCGGUGUUGGAUUGUCUUUUUUCACGUUUCUUCUAGAAGUGAUGACACAGUUUAAACGGAAGCAACAGAACAAAAUUCGCCGUGUAUUGGUUGCUCAGCCUUUGUUGUUAUAGAACUUGAAUUUCAAUAUUUAAAGAUUCAAGGUUCUUACAAUUAAUCGCUAGUCGCAAAAAAAAAUUGCUAGCUCACAUUAUCGUCAUACGCUGUUAACACGAAACAUUUUCUUUAUAAUUUUAUAUGAAUGUCGUGCAAUAGCUAAUCAGAUUAAAAUUAUUUUGCCAUUUAUCUAAGUCAGCAAUAAAUGUAACAAUUAUGUCAUUGACAAACAGAAUAUUGAAUGACUUUUCAUUAUGACCCUUACGUGUCGUUAUGUAACAAUCUAA